CGUGGCCGCCACUCGGCUGCCUUUUAAAGCGGGAAGCGGCCGCCGAUCGGGAGAAAAUCGCGACCAUGUACUUGAGGAUGGGUAGUAAUGCGGCAAGCAAGCGGCUAUGGAAGAGCGGGAGGAGUUUUUUGACCCUCUGUGCUACUCCUACUCAACACAAAACUGAAGAAACUCAAGAUUCAUUGAAUACUGCAAAGGCUCAUAAGUGCUGUGCUGAAAACACAGUGCAGCACAAGACGAAUUCUAGUCCCUGUGCCAGUCAAAGAAUGCUGCGACUCCAAUUGAAUGAGUUGGACAGAGAAUAUCGGACCUUGCAGGAGAAUUAUAAAAGGGUUUUAGCCCAUGCUGAAGACACCAAUAGGCGAGUUCGAAAAAGUGUAGAAGAUGCCAGAAUAUAUGGUAUCCAUAGUUUUUGCAAAGAUAUCCUGGCAGUGGCUGAUUUGCUGGAGAAUACAACACAGGAGGUAACUGAGAUGGAGCAGGCUAAUACUAAUCCAACAAUGAAGAACCUCCACGAAGGAUUGUGCUUGAUAAAUGAGAAAUUAUGCAAUAUAUUUGUCAAGUAUGGGUUGGAAAAAAUGAGCUCCAUUGGUGUCAAGUACAAUUCAGCGGAACAUGAAAUUGUUUUGCGUGUUCCAUCUGUGGAAGCUUUACCUGGCACUGUAGUAAAAAUAGAGCAAGAAGGCUAUAAGCUUCACGGUAGAAUCCUAAGAACUGCACAGGUUGGGCUGGCUAUUGAAGCUCAGCCACAUUUAAGAAAAGGCAGAAAUGGGUCUUGACAAAUGCAUGAUGGUCACAAUGAUUAAGAGAACUAUAAUUUAUGAAAAGCUUACUGAGGCUUUUUGGUAUCCUGUGCUUCUUAUGGCUAGCUAGAGUGUAUUAGGCUUUAAAAUGAUAAAGAUUUGACUUUGGUGCAAACUGGGAGAAAGUAUGAAACUUUACAACUUCGUAAGUGCUUUCCAUGGAAAUGGCUAGGCCACUUUCAUGCAUGCACUAAAAUCAAACCAAAUUGACUUCCUACAGUACUUGAAGCUAGGGGCCUUCCUGAAAUUGAUGUUUUCUCCCUGUCAUUGCCAAAGACCCACUUGUUGUGUCCAUUCACUUGUUGUGAAUGGCAGAUGGAAAUGGAAAAGGACACUUCCCAGACAAUGCUUCCAAUCAACAGUUGGACCCUAAAAGAAUUGUGGGUGUGCUCUUAUUUACAGUGAUUGUAGCUUUGGUAGAAUUUGCCUUACCAUGGGGGGGGGGGGGAAAUAUUUUCUUACUUAUGAUUACUGCCCAGUAAUCAAAUUCAUAGUGCCCUUGUGGAGUUAAACUUCAUCUACACAGUGAAGAGAUGAGCAAUUCCCUAUGGUUGCAUUGGGUGGUCAACGGGUAAUCUGUUGUGUGCAGUACAAGAGGGAAUGCAUGAGGUAAAAGUAGAACCCUUUCACUUUUCUAAUAAAUCUCCUUAUUUUUAAUAAGGGUUACAUUUCUUUAGACUGCUUUUGGAGCUGUAAUUUGAUACUAAAUUGUCGCUGGAGAAAGCUAAAUAGAAUAUGGAGGAAUUACAUAUCUGUAAACAAGAAAACCACACAAUGUCGCUCAUUUUUCUGAAUUGAUAAUUUUGCUGCUGUUACAUCUUGACUGCUACUGUUUAUUUCCUCUGCUCUUAAUUUAAGUGAAGCAGUUUGUUCAAAAGUUUGUUUAAAUAAGUCCUGUCACUCUCCAUCACUGAUUUUGGAAGUGUGCACUUGGUUAUUCGUUUUUAUAUAUAUUUCACUUGAAUUUCGGCUUGUAAGAACCCAUUUUGUACUUCCAUGUAAAAUUGCAUUUUUCUUCCUGAUCUGUGGGAAAAAUAGUAUGUUAUUUAUUACAGUGAUGUUAAACUGUAAAUGCAUUUAUAACAUACCAUGACAUGCAAGAUUUUAUUUUUUGUAAUCAAAUAUUGUAGGUAUGCUAGUGAAAAUUGUAAUAUAUUUGUACCAUAUCUGGAUUAUUUUGUCAUUUAUGUAGAUUGAAACUUAUUGUGUGCCAAAAUCUUGGGUUAUAUUGAGCCAAUAUCUUAUGUGUUACUGCAUGUGAAUGGGGGGGAAACAAGCUUAAAACAAAAUCACAUUGUUGACCAGAAAAUAUUUUCUUGUAAUAAAAUGAGUUUGGGAAAACCUUAAGCUCUUGUAAA